UUUGGCAGAAGUGUUUGGUCAACUAAGUGGGGACGCCUUGUUACCUGUCGUGUGGAUGAUCCGAGAAUUUCUGUAAUGAAUUCGGAAAUAUUUGUUAAGUAAGCCUCACAGUUGUGUUUUCGAUAAAAAUCAAAAUUUGCGGAAGAAAACAACAACAUCCGUCUUUUUGAGAAUGUAAUUUCGUUUAUUCGUUUGCGGCUGUCAUCUCCUUUUUAUCCAUUCUCCGUUUUUUCCCCGUCGCUGGAUCCAGUGCGCGACAAUGGGUGAAAAUAUUGUUGUACAACUCGAGGAAGCAUCACGGGUACUCCUGGCAUCGCCAAAUGUGGUUUCCAGUGAGCAGAGGCAUACUGCAGAGCAUGUAUUUCUUGAUUUUCGGAAGUCAUCAUCACCAUAUGCCCUUUGUAGGCACAUUCUUGAAACAUCAAAAGUGGACCAUGUUUUAUUUGAAGCAAUAAACUUGCUGAAAGAAGCUUUGAUUAGAGAGUGGGUAUUGUUACCUGAAGCAGAGAAGGAAACAUUAUUAACUUAUUUGAUGGAGUAUGCACUACAUAAAACGAUGCCACCUUUUGUUCAUCACAAAUUAUUGCAGGUGAUCGCUAUUUUGAUAAAACGUGGCAGCAUUGAUGAUUUUGGUAUUAAGAGGGGUCACCUACUGACUACCAUUGAAGCAAUGAUUCGGAGUGGAGAUACACCAAAAAAACUUCUUGGAUGUAACAUCAUCCUUGCCAUUCUCCAGGAAUUUGCUGUUACAGUGAAAUCUUCUGAUGUUGGCCUCUCAUUUGAAACUCAUUUCAAAGCCAAGAAGCAGUUUGAGGGAACAGAUCUGAAGAGGAUUUUUGAAUUUUGUGUUGAAGCUCUUGGUGAAAUAAUGAAGACAAAGGCACCCUACCAACAGGAAAUCCAGAGUGUGUUACGACCGUUGUUGUCUAUAGCAGAUGCUAUACUCUGCUGGGGAUUUAUCCAGUCAAAUGUUCCAAAAAGAUUAAUUGGUGUUUUUGAAACAAUAUAUGAGUGUGAACAGCCAUCAUCCCUAAGACUAACAAGUCAGUGGAAGGAUAUGAUGUUGAAUCCAGAGCUCUUGAGGCUGUUUUUUACAAUCCAUUGGAAUGUACGGCAAUAUCCAGAUAUGUUGCAAAAUUCAAUGAAUUGCAUAAUGCAGUUGGCAUCUCUAAAUGGGCCAGUAAUUGCCUCUAGAGAUGAGAGGGUCCACUAUGCUGCGAAGUUUAUGGAGAACUUCCUGGAACUUGUUUCCAGCAUUGAGAUUAUUGAUCAAGAAGCCUUGGGUAUUUCCAACAGUCUGCGAAAAUUGAUUGCAUUUUUCCCACCUGCCUUAUUGGUGGGUGUGCCAGAUGGACUGCUCAGAUCUAUGUUGAAUUGCUUAACCCAUCUGACUUGCAGUUGGUGUGGACUGGCUAUUGGAGAAGAACAGAAUUCCUCUGAAGAGAAAUACUUUAUUGAUGCUUUUGACAAUAUGUUGGAAGUGUGGGUGUCAAUAUUACAGGAUACAUAUUCCAUAACAGGCAGCACUAUCAAUGAUUAUCUUGUUCAGAUAUUUGACACCUAUGUACAAGCCCGAUUAUUCCCACCACAUGGUAUUAGGAAGGACGAUGAUGAAGACAGCAUUGAAGCAUUUGUUGAUGGAGAUAAUUCUGAUAUUAAAUCAAGAUACAAGGAACAGUUGCAAGCUGUAGGACUGUUUGGUCGGCAGAUACUAAAUCACUCAUUUCCAUUGCUGGCAAGCUUAAUAGAACAAGAGUCAUCCAGGUUACAUGAAGUGAUGCAGAAGAAUCAGUCAAAUAUUCAUCAGGCUGGACCUUUGCUGUACAAGCUGCAUGAAAAUCUGUUGUGGCUUGUUGUUAUAGCAGGACAUGUUUUAUCAAUGGAUAGCGAUGGUGAAAUGUCUUUAAUCCCUUCUGAAAUAAUGCGAUACAGUAUUGAUCAAAGCGCAAGUGGUGAAGUUGAUCCAUCAGUAACUGUACAGUUAAUGUGCACACGUGGUUUUUCAAGUGCAGAUGUCGCGCAAUCCUGGGAGAGAUGUGAUCAUGUUGUCAGGUUGGUUUCUGCAGUAUUUCGUCUUUGUGAAGUUGAGAGACAAGCUGCCUUUAUAAAAGAGUUGAUUGCUAUAAUGAGUCCUAACCUGGCGUGCAAUAUUAUGUGGUUCAUGAAGAGAUGGGCUGCAUGCUUUUUAUUGCCAGAGGAACGAUACUACUCUGAGAUUAGUCCGAGCCUCAUUGCUGCUUUUGGAAGAGAUGGUGAUGGAAGUGUAUGGUGCACAAAUUUCUUGUUGACCAAGGUGGAAGGGAAUCUUCAGUGCUUCAAUUUUGAUGCUGAUGUUGUCAAAUCCACAUCAGACAUGCUAAUUUGUCUGCUUGAGACCAAAGAAAAGGCAAAGACAGCAUUAAAGACUGAGGGCCUACUGAAGCUAUUAAAUCUUUUGAAGCAAAAUGCACCACUAUUUCCUCAAGGAUGCAAGAGAGGUCUUUUCAAAGCCUUAAUUGUUGUGGCACCUGCUGUUGAGUCUGAACAUCGUGCGAACUACUGGAAUGAGGUUCCAAAGCCGCUUUGUGAUCGUUUUCAGGCUGUUGUCAAUCGUGAGACCCUACGCAGAAUGUAUCAUCAAGAAUCUGUGAAGAUGGAAAUUAUGGAUAUUAUUGAAAGUUUUAUAGGUGUGUCUCAAGGAGCCCAUUGCACUACAGCUGAGACUCUGCUCGACUUUCUUUAUCCUGCCAUGUUAGAAUGUGCUUUCCUUGUGGAUCUGUACCAAAACUACCAAGAAGUGGUUGAACUGAUUCUGGAAUUCUUUUGUUCUUGUACAAGAUAUAUGCUUUGCUUUCUUUCAGAGGCCUACAGCAGAAGACUGAAUGCAGCAGCUCUUGAGACUGUAAAAGUGUAUACAUUAAGGAACAAAGGACGUUUUAGUAUAGAGGCAGCUGCUGAAGAGAACGCAUAUCAAGAUAUAAUAUUGCUGCUUGAGCUCCUCACGGGAUUGCUGUCCAAGGAUUACGUGGUUGAUCUAGUUCCCAGUGUUUUACAGCAUCCAGUGCAGUCAACAGGACAUGGAUAUGAUGCAGCAGAUAUUGUACUGUUUGGAUUGAACACACUGAUGCCCUUACUGAGUAUAGAGUUGCUGAAGUUUCCAAAAUUGUGUCUUCAGUAUUUUAAGUUAAUAACAUUUGUGAGUGAACUGUAUCCAGACAAAGUCUGUGCAUUACCUGAAAAUAUGUUGGUUCACCUCAUGGAGUCAGUAGCAUUGGGUCUAUCAGAUCUUGGCCAUGAUGUUUCUGUGCUGAGCUUUGACCUUGUGGAAGGAUUGGCUUCACAUAUAUAUGGUUCUCGUUCCCAAGCAUCAGUUGCUGGUGCCACUGUCAAGAAGUUUUUGGAGUUCAUAAUGAAAAUGAUCCUCACUCGUCAAGUAAAUUCAGAUGCCAUGACAAAUGCUGGGUCAGCACUUUAUGCACUUAUAUGCUGUUACCAGGAUGAAUAUCAAGUUGUUGUUCAGAAAGCAUUGAAUUCCCAGGCAGAUGAAGGAAGUGCUGACAGAUUAAGAAUUGCUUUCGAAAAGCUGACCCAAAGUGCUUCACUGAACAUGGACCGUCAAGAAAAAAAGAAGUUCAGGGAAAACUUCGAAACAUUUGUUGCUGAUGUUAGUGGUUUCCUGUUUUACAAAUAAUGUUUGUUUUGUACAGAUGAAUGUGAUGUAUGUUUUUAAAUGUUUGUGGAAAUACAUUUAUUUAAUGAUCAGUAGAUUCAGUCAAAAUGUUAUCAUGUAUGUGAACUAGCAGAGAUAGUAGACCUAGCGAAAAAUUUGAAAUAUUUGUUGCUUAUGUAAAUGAUAGAAUUUUUGGUUAAAUAAAGAUAGUCUUAUGUA